GCUAACCCCUCCCACGUGUCUACGCAGCCGCCGCCGCCAUGUCUGCGCAUCUGCAGUGGAUGGUUGUUCGGAACUGCUCCAGUUUCCUCAUCAAGAGGAAUAAGCAGACCUACAGCACUGAACCCAAUAAUCUGAAGGCCCGCAACUCCUUCCGCUACAACGGCCUGAUCCACCGCAAGACCGUGGGAGUGGAGCCCGCGGCCGACGGCAAAGGCGUCGUGGUGGUCAUGAAACGCAGAUCGGGUCAGCGAAAACCAGCCACUUCUUACGUAAGGACCACCAUCAACAAGAAUGCACGGGCCACCCUCAGCAGCAUCAGGCACAUGAUCCGAAAGAACAAGUACCGCCCCGAUCUGCGCAUGGCGGCCAUCCGCAGGGCCAGUGCCAUCCUGCGAAGCCAGAAGCCCGUGGUGGUGAAGAGGAAACGGACCCGUCCCACCAAGAGCUCCUGAGCCCCACCCCCCAGAAGCAAUAAAGAGUCCACUGACUUUUUCAACCAUC